UAGAAAAGUAAAAUUAUUUUCAAAAAUAUGUUAAGUAAAUUUAUUUUGUUUUUUGUUUUCUGAAUUUAAAAUCUUGGGUUCUUCUCUCGUCUUCCUUUCCAAUUUCUUCUUCUCUCUCACUUUGACUUUCUGAGGAAAAGGAAAAAUCUCAGUCCGAACAAUCGUUGCCAUUGUGGUUCCAAUUGCUGUUGCUAUACUCCUACUCGUAUUAGGAUUCUCUUUCUUAGUAAAGAGAGCAUAAAUGAUUUAAGUGUUAUCUUCUCUUGGUGAAAGAAACUCUCAAUUCUAGUAGGAAUGGCGAAGGAAAAGGGGUUCAUUGUUUUGGCUUUAUUCUUAAUAUUCUCGCUCAUCAUGCCAUCUUCCACCAUUGCCAAAUCUCGUCGUCCCAUAACUGAUAUUGAGAUGAGGCAGAAGAAGAAUCAAUGCUACGAGGACAUUGAGAGUGGAUUAUGGGGUUGGCAGUGCAAGUCUUCCAUGAUAGCAAAGGAAAAUUGUGUUUUGAAAUGCCUUUCUCCUACUUGUUAUCAAAUCAUAUACCAGCCUGAUCCGCUCGAAGAAGGAGAAAAAGAUCUUAUUAGGGGACAAGAGUACAAGUACUGUAUGCACAAACUAUCGUUGGGAGAGAGUCUUGAGGGUAUUAAGAGUUCAUUUGAGUAAAAUGAGUGACAAUUAUGGCUGCACUGGAUCGGUGUGAAACAAUUUCAUCAGGUGUUUGUAAAUUUGAAAGAAGGAAGAUAUGUGAAAGGAAGGAUGUGUGGGAUUUCGAUACGACUCAUCCUGUUGGUGUUUCAAUGUUGUUUUUGUGUGGAAAGAUAUUAGAUGGUGCUGCAAAUCAAGUCAGUUUGAGCAUAUGAUGACCACCAAGUCUACUUCUGGACUUUCAUUGCUGUAACUUUUCUACUAUUAAUAAUUGCUGUAUGUUACCUAAUUAUUACGUAGUAAUUACACUCUUUUAAAGUGUGUUUGGAUUUGAGGUGAUAAGGACUUAAAAAUAUUUAUUUGGCAAGAUAGUAAUUACAUACAAAAAUAAUUAUUUUUAGUA